AUGGAGGAAGAAGUGUUUGCUGAACCACUCGCAAGAUUGGUCUCCCUACUAAAGAGUCCAAGUGGCAAUGCUUCGGCUACAGAUAAUGAACUGAUGCAGUUCUUAUGGGCACAGCGUGCAGUCUUUGUUGCAGAUCGUUUCAUGAAGGUCAAGGCACGCGCAUCACAGACAGAGUCGGAUAGAAUCAGAGCUGAUCUCAAGUCAAAGAAGCAGUUCACAUUCGGUGGGCGAAUCAUUGAAGUCAUCGACGAGUUCUUGACCAUUGCAUUCCAACUGUCCGAUAGACUUCAACUAGAUGAGUAUCUCUCAUGUCAAGUAUUGGCACAUGUUGUCGAGAUGACAUCAUCACGAGAUGCCAACACAUUACUGGACCUAUCAGAGGACUUUAUAUAUCAUAGUAGAUCAUGUUAUCUUGAUACUCUUAGGAGAAUAUUGGAUUACUUGAAUGAAGAGAAUGGAGAGAAGAAUAAGAUGGAUAUAUUACAGAACUAUAUAUGCGACUUGUUGUCGACUCAGGACUGCAUUGCAACAGUGUUGUUGAGGACAUUGGAGGAGAAGAUUAGAAACAUUACCGUUCCUACCAAUCUGAGAGAGUCUGGUUAUCGUGUCCAAGAGUGCAUAAAGAUAACAGAAUGUCUAUUCUUGUUAAGCUUCCAAUUCACACUCAAGGAGGAGUCGAUAAGAUCAAUCUUACAGAGACUGAAGGAGGCCUCGAGACUUUAUAGCAAUCAGACUCAGACGUCGACAUUCUACGCGCCACUAUUCCAGAUCACCUAUUCGUUGAUGCUCAAUGUCUUUGUAUUGUUUGUCGAGCCCAAGGUCAGCCUGAUGAAUCCAAUCGAGAGGAAGCCAUCAAUCAACACUGAAUUGACCUCUAGUCAAUUCCUCGACAAGAUCCAAACAGACAUCAACACUGAUUGGGAGCAUAACUUGCCAAUCCAAUCAACACUUAAAUCAUUGUUCUAUCUGAUGCGCAUCAAGGAGGAGUAUGAGGACUUUGAUCAAUACCUCUUGAAGGCAUUCCCACAAGAUAGGAAUGGAGCUGAGUUCCUGGCCAAGGUAGUCGAGGCACCUCAAUUCAAGUCAUCAGCACUCGUUGGCUUCUACUAUUACGUCCUUGACGAAUACGCUUGCAACCUCAUCCAAGUAUUCCAAAUCGAUAAAAAGAAUCAAUACUUGCCAUUCCUCAAUAGCUUCAACCAGUUCUUGACGAGCAUUUAUAGCAAUGGAGCACAGUCGUCCAAGAAGUUCUGGGAGUUCUCAGAGAACUGUGGAUACCUUAAGAUGUUGUGGCUUCAGUUACCCAACCCACUGAUCAUCACUUCAUUCAGGAUGAUGGGCGCACUCACCGUGUGCAAUGGUAUUGAGGUGUACAACUUCUUUACAAAGGACUCGUCGCAAUUCACUUGGAACAAGAUAUUGCAACAUAUGCAAUUCUACGUCGAGGGACUCAAUCAACCCAACACUGAACUGUCGCCAAAUGACACAGAGGCGCUCAAUGCCUUCCUCUGUCUCAUCACCGAGGUCAUCAACUACUCGCCACACCUCGCCCAGAUGCUCAGUCGCAGCACCUCAAUCCUCCAGCUAUUCUUCCGUUACAUCACUGCGCCCGUCUCUGUUGGCCUCAAGUCCACCACGCUCAAGGCCAUCACAGCCUGCGCCAAGUACCAAGCAUAUGUACCAGAGAUAUGGAGACUUCUGAACGAGUCACAGAUAUUCCCUGCUGGACUGCGAAUGGAGUCACAGAGCUCGGAACAUGGCGAGUUCCCAUUCACUCAGCAGUUCUUGGAGCUGUUCUAUCAGCUGAUACAGGCGUCGCCAUUCUUGUUUGAUCGGUCCAACGAUAGAUUGAUGAGUGGAUACUUGGAGCACAUCAUGAACCUAUUCUCAUCAUUCAACAACAAGGCCUUUAUCAACAUUCAGGACAAAUGGAGAUUCACACUGACCAUUCUCAAUAUCUUUGUCUUUUGUCUCUCACAGUUCAAGCAUGCCGUUGUCAACCAUCACAUCGAUCGCUCGCAUCCAGUCUAUGCACUCUACCUCGAGCUCACCAAAGACAGCCACAAUCUCACUCUUAAGACCAUCAUUGCCAUUAUCGAGACUGCCUCCAAUGAAGAUAUUACACAGGCCAACGAACCAAAUGAACUGUUCCAGAUGACAUUGUGUCGUUGCUUGGACAUUUUGUUGUUCGUGUCGGACAGCACAGUGUACUCGGUGGAGGAUGCACGCUCGACAGUCACUCAUUUGUCAUCGAUGAAGUCGUCGCCAAUCAUUAGUAUCGCAAAGUUGGUCGAUCACGCCAACAAGGAGAUCGGCCUCAAGGCACUCAGACUGAUCUACUCGUUCGAAGUGUACACACAGCGCAUCUCCACCCUGUUCCUGGCAUCGCCAUCGGCCGAUGCGCUUCUAGAGAAGUUUGUCAAGGUGCUCGACUUCUCUGAGCCCGAGCAGGAGGACUACACAGGUGGCUUCUAUCAGCAAGAGUCGCACUUCCAGCAGUAUGGCGCCAACUCUAUCCAGUGGACGAUCGCACAGCUCAUCCUAUUCUGUCUUGAGAAGACGGCCAACAACAGCAACUACACUCUGGCACAUUUCCUGCUCGGAUGUCCAUCCACGUACGACCUGUCGCAAGACUUUGAGAUCAAUGCUCGCACAUGUCUUUCGGUCAUCAUCAAAAAGAUGUCAACACGCGAGUUUGUCGCCAGGUACCCUCACCUCAACGACUGUUACCACGACAUUGUCCACAAGAUGACUUCCAAUCCAGCCACGAGCAGACCAAUGAUCAAGUACCUCAAGAUCAACUAUUAUCGCGACAGCAUCGCCCUGCUCAAACAACAAAUUGCAGAAGCCAGCGUGCCCGGCUCUGAGCGUCUAAAGGGCGCACAUAUAUCCUCGUUGUCCUGGCUGCUCAAGACCAUGGCCAUCACGGGCCACACCACCUCCGACCUCUCGACCAAGGCCUACUUCUCCAGUUUGUUGGGCGGCCAGCAGAUCACAGCACUUGACAACCAGGCGCCUGGGGCCAUCCAAGUGCUCUCACUGUUCAACAUCAUCGACUUUACGUUCCCUGAGUUGCAAAAGCCCAGGAUCUUUGAGAUGUCGCCAGUGCUCGAGUCGACCUGUCUCACAACAUACCGCGACUGCCAGGUGAUCGAUCUGCCCCUGCUGCGCAAGCAUCUCGAGAAGGACAGUCGCUACCCCUCCACCGCCGAAAUUGAGAAGGAGCUCGAGACAUGUGCCCGACUGAACGCAUUCAUCACACUGCUCGGAUCAAAGACACGCGCACUCGAGGGCUGGAAACAGUUUGUCAACGACUCAUUCCUGCAGCUAGAUCUGAUCAUGUCGAUCGACGAGGUGAUCCCGUUGGAGCUGCUCCAGCGUCUGGCCAUGGAGUUCUUCAACGAGCGCUAUCCAGUGGCUUGCGGCGUGUCCAUUGGCUACACGAUUCUCACUCUGCUCUCGGUGCUCAAGAUCAAGAAGAACUCAUACCCACUCAACACAUUCAACGAGGUGCUAGAGACCAAGAUCAAGGGCAUAUUCGAGGGCUUGCUCCAGACUGUUUUGCGUUCGCCCUACCAGCCAAUCAGGGGCAUUGCCUACACGGCCAUCAUCAACUACCUCCAGCUGACGCAAGAGGAGCAACAACAGCAGAAGGACCAUCCACUUGGCUCCUCCACCAAUGGCACCACCUCAUCAAUCAGACUUGGCGGCCACCCACCUCAAGCCGACGAGCUAAAGUCAAUGGAGCGAUACAACUUGAUCCUGAUCACAAAGGUCGAGGACCGAUUCAUCCGCAUUCUCUCUGCCGACUGUAACUCAUUCUCGAGCGGUUGGAAGAUCGCCGCACUCACAUGUCUCCAGAUGUUAGUGGCGGCCGACCCACACCGCGGCAACCGUACACUCCGAUUCAUCGAGGACAAGGGUCUGAUUGGCAGCGUCGUACAGGAAUGCGCAAGACUACUGGGCAACAGCUGGGAGAAGGUUGGAAUGAGGGAGCUUCGCGUCUACGAGGCUCAGAUGUCGCUGUUGCUUCAAGUGUCGCAGCAGCAGGACGGUGUGCGCGUGUUGAUGAACAACAACAUCAUCAACUGUCUGCAGCAGUGCCACUUCUUCAAUCACAUGCCAACCGAACAGGACACUGCCGAUGGCAUCUUUUUGCACCUGCUGAUCCCCGCACUGCGUCUGUUGGCCGGUCUGUUCCUGCUGUCAAACGAUCGCCUCGAUGUCCACAAUCAGAUAUCGACAUUUGUGGCCACACACUCUGACCUGUUCAAGGUGAUCCUGCAGGACUCGCAUCAACAUAUCACCACUUCAACACUCAGCAUCCUCCAGCUCACAGUGUUUAUCUAUGCUCAGAUAUCCAAGCAUGCAUCGAUCGAGCACCAGGUACAUCUGAACAAGACACACUCAUUGCUAUUGGCACUGUUGUCCAAGUAUAGCAAGACCACCAAGAGUACAGAGGUCGUUGCCAGUAGUGAUGAAGAGAUUGAGCUCAAGUCCAGACAACAAUUCAACAACAUUGUCAAGGAGAAGAAGUCCCUAUUCGAUGUCGAUGUCAAGACCCAGAUCACAUUGUUAUGUCGAGACAUCCUAUUAUAUUGUAGAAGAGUGUCCAUAUUGUCAGACUCCAAGUUUGGAACGAUUUGCUUCACUUCCAACGUAUCAAUUUCCAAGAUUGGCGCGACAUCUGGAUCACUACCAUCAAUGGACCUGCCACUCAAAUAUCUUGUGGACAGUCUGAUCGACUACAAUCAAAGCGCAGAGCUCAUCACUUUCCUUACAUACAACAAUGACAAUGUGGAACAGCUCUCCAACGUACAAUAUAAACAAAUACUGGCACAAGACGAUGAACUCUACUUCAACAUAACACAGAGGAAUCAGAUGGUGCAACAGAAACUUGGUCAGAUGUUGGCCGCGGCCACAAUGCAAAGGAGUGUGCUGGUCGAGAAUAUUGAGUCAUUGUUGUUGUUGGUCGUCUCCCAUGCAUUCUACUACUCAUGCUCGGUCAGCUAUCUGUUCACUCAUCCAGUGUCCACCAGCUCACCAGAGUUGCUCUCCUCUUCCCAACAGCAGAGAUCGUCCACUGUUGGAACGGCAUCGACCACAAGCCCAAGACUCACCUCGUCGACACAUGGCGCACUUGAACUGAGCGAUCUUUCGACCACACCAGUUAAGCGUCCCACAGCCACCACAUCCUCCAUCUUCCAAGAGUCCAAGGCCCCCACUUUCACCACUCAGAAGCUUAUGAGCAGCGUCGUUGGCUACUUCAAGGGCAGCCAGAAUGGAUCAGACAGCACCAUGAAGAUUACCCAGACCACCUCUCCACUGGCCAACUCACUUAGAUACAUGUCACAGAUGCAGACGCCCAACUCUCUUAACAACCCAUCCUCAGUACUAUCACCCGAGGAGAGUCGCGAACUACUUGCCAAACUACGCAACAUCUUUGAGAUGGAAGUGCCUUCAUUGAACCAACGUCUUUGUGACUCUAUUCAAUCUCUUCACGAGAAGUCUGUCAUGAUUGAGCUAUUGAUGAGGAAGCUUCAAGACUUGUUGCAUAGAUCAUAA